AUGCUUGGUUUGUCAAAUCUAUCUAUCUAUCUAUCUAUCUAUCUAUCUAUCUAUAUUCUCUGUCUUCCAGCUAAUUUCUUUCUCUCGACACUAUUCCCUAGUCUCUUUCUCCAAGACUCUCUUGUCUUUGUUUUCUUCACACUUGUGCUUUCUCCACUGGUUUCUCUUCCUGUGGCUGUCUUCCCUGGGCUAUCUGCACUCAACUCACUCCCACCGGCUUUCUUCCCUCGCCUUUCGUUCUUAGGAUUUUCCAAUCGGCUCUCGACUGUCGGGUUUCUUUCUUGGGCCCCCGUCCUUAGUUCUCUUUCCUCAUCUCUUGCAUCUCUCCCCUGGGGACACUACUUUCUUAGAUUGCCUUUCUCUCUAAGGCAUUUGUCUUUGGCUCUUUUCUCUUGGUGCACUCCUCUCGGAUAUCUUCCUUCGAUGCUCUUUCUUGGCACUUUUUUUCUUCGACUCUCUCUUCUUGGAUUUCUUCCGCAGGCGCUCUCAUCUCGGCUGUCUUCGUUUGACUCUUUUUCCACAACACUUCUUUCGGUUCUCUUUCGUAGGUUAUAUUCCCUAGGCUUUCUUACCCAGAAUUCUCCACUUGACGCUCUUCCUUCAUUUCUUUUUCGUUGGCUUUAUUCUCCCGACUCCGUUCCUAUUGACUCUUUCUCCCAGGCUGUUUUCCGUUGGUUCUCUCCAUUCAAAUCUCUUACUUCUACUCUCUUCUCAAAAGGAUUUCGCAACACUGCUCUCUUUGAUCGAUUCUCUUCAUAUGUCUCUCCUCCUUUGUCUUUUUCCUGUUGUCUCUUUCCCUUUGGCUCUCUUCCUUUCGUCUCUCUUCCUAUGCUUUCUCCUCACGUCUCUCUUCCUUCGGCUCUGUUACUAGACUUCCUCUCUCUUAUCUCGUUUUUUUCUCCACGGUUCUCUCUCGUUAGCUCUAUUCUAGGCAUUUCCCGGUCGGAUUUAUUUGCGUGGUUCUCUCCAUGUCUCUCUUCCCUCGGCUCUCUCGUCUAG